GCUACCAAUUUACUUCUGCUUGCCACAAAAAAUGACAGCUGAAAAUUUGCAAUGAAAUGCUAAUAUCAAUCGGUACAAAAAAAUGAUGAUGCCGAUCAACACAGUUGGGGGCCCUAGUGCUGUAGAAGUAAUUCAACAAUCGUUCAAUCCCGCAAUAGCUGUUCUAACAUCACCUGAUGUCGAUGUUGUUUGCAGCAAAAACAGACUUACUUUCGUCGAACUUCUACAACCGUUCAGCCGACUAUCUGUCGAAGGCCAAAUACGAGAUGUGAAUCAGGCUUUGCACUCUGUUACACACUUCAGGCUGAGUGUCAGAGAUAUUUCAUGGAGACCUGCCUCUUCAGUUUUGGCGAGACGUUUACUUGCAGAAGCUGUUACCAAUUUUCCAGUUAAUGAAAACAAGAUUGCUGUUAUUGGAGGUGCAGAUCCUAUUGAAAUCAACCCUCAUACACCAUGGUAUGAUUCAUGGAGAGAAACUCUUUGGAGUUGUUUGGAAAUGACUGAUCAUGAUUUUGCACGUCACUACUUGGGAACCUUAUUAGUUGUUUCAUCUUCCCAUCCUAAUCCUAUGGAACAAUUUCAGCAACUUAAUGACCAGCUGACACAGUUGAUGUCAAGCAAUGGAACUGCUGAUGGACCUAGGUGGUUCAAUAUGUUGUCUUUGCGUUAUCAAGUUCUUGUCCACGAUGCGUGUGAUGGCGAUGCUUCUAAAGCAGAAGAAUUGUUGCAAACUAUGAGAAAUGUUUAUGGAUCCCAUGGCUGCCAUUUGUUAGUAAUUAACUCGAAACCAAAGAAAGGAUCAAUAAUAGAAUCAGGACUACCAGCACCCGACCCUUGGCUUCGAUUUCUUCCAAGAAAAGCCAACAAGUUGGACGUUUCUAUUGAGGGAGAAUCGAUCGUAGAUGGAGUAGAGGCGGGAGAAAUGGAUUUUCCAGUGAAAGUCGUUGAAGGAACAAAUCCACAGUUGCUGGGUUCCCUGCCCAAAAUACCACUAAUGGAUGCACUGCAGGAAGCCAUGCAAGAAAUCAACAUAAAUUCCGUUUUAGCUCCUUCGGCUUCAACUUCGGCCCUCUCUUCGCUGACUCGAGAUGAUAACAUAAGUACCCAAAACAACAUAGGGUUGAGCCAGAGAAGUGCCGUCGAGAUCAAAGAUGAUCCUCUCAAUGCCGUAUUGGGGACUACGACCGCUCGCUUUCCUUUGGAUGAAGCAGAUGGAACCGGGCCCAUUCUCGCUUCAAGCAUUACAAGUGAGCUUCAUGGAGGAUGUCUAACAACGGAAGACUUAGACCGUAUUCAGGGUUUAGUCAACGAGUUUUGCUUAAAGAGUCUUCUUCCUCACAUGGAAAGGCAGAUGAGACUACUUAACGAAUCUGCCUCAUCGCGGAAAAGUACUCAUCGAUCGUUGCUAAGUGCCACAAAACGCUGGUUCGGUAGUAAUCGACCCGGUGGUGUUCAGACACCUCAAACUGUAGCUGUUAGCUACCAUCCUGAAUCAGUUCAGCUGCAGCUUCGUCGCUUGGGUGACUUGGCGUUUCUCCUAGGCCACUAUGAGCUGGCCUACCAUUCGUACCAUUCAGCCAAAAAGGAUUUUGAAGCGGAUCAAGCUUGGCUUCAUUAUGCUGGCGCAAUGGAGAUGGCUGCUCUCUCCGUCUUCCUGCAAAAUGCCAAUAGUCGAAACGUUCCAUUUCACUAUUUUGAUAAAGCGCUGACCACCUAUCUUCAGACUUGCAAAAUGCCGUAUUGGGCUACACGUUGUGCAGUGUUGGCUUCCGAGUGCCUUAAAGCUACUAAUCAGUAUAGUGACGCUGCGCUGCAACUCAUUCGACUGACCAGUGAAGACGCUGACUUACGAAGUGCCAUAUUGCUCGAACAGGCUGCCCUUUGUUUCCUUCGAUCUGCCGUCAAACCCAACUCCUCAACGGGUAAUAAUUUUCGUAGACUUUCUUGGGGAAUAAAUACCCCAGUAUUUUUUCCCCUGAUUUUAGAUGCAGCAAAGCCUAACAUGGUACCACUCAUUCGUAAAUACGCCUUCCAUAUGAUCCUUGCUGGUCACCGUUUCGGCAAAUCAGGGCAGAAGCGCCACGCUUCUCGUGCAUACCAGCUUGCCUUGCAAGUGUAUAAAGGGCAUGGAUGGAGCCUAGCUGAAGAUCACAUACACUACACAGUAGGACGCCAGUGUCUAAAUAGGCAACAAAUUGAAGCGGCUUGUCAGGCAUUGGCUGCUCUUUUGAAACCAGAUUCAAUGCAGACUGCCGCCCAACAAACGGCCUAUCUCAAUGAAUUCAUCCACGUGCAUCAGUUGCUAAAUAAACACCGAGAGAACGAAACCAAAACGUCGUGUACUCUUCCCAUAUUGCCUCUGCCUGUGAUCGAUAGCAACCAGAUCAGAGUACUAGUUGACACAAAAGAACCUACGGAGAAUAUGUCACCACCUUUGUCGGAAGCUACGCACGUCACCUUCAACGACGACGAAGUUCAUCAUGCAAAGUGGGCGAAUAUGGAGGAGAAACUGGUGAAUUCGGCAUUUGGCACAACUCACGCUAUCUUCCGACCUACCAAUCUUAUUUUUUCUCAUACGACCAACAAUACGGUUCAUCCACAAAUGAAUUGUGAUGACCUCGUUAGUUUUGAACUACCACUGACCAACCCCUUACGCAUUCCCGUCCAGUUGUGCGACAUUCGUCUUGUGUGGAAUUUCGCGGGAGGUGACGGCAACCUAACAAAUCUACUCACGACGAUCGAGAAUCCCUUGGUGACCACUUACAUCUUACCGAGGAUUGUGCUGAAUCCUUCUUCUUCCCAUAAGAUAAUCUUGAACGUCAAACCCAAAGCUGAGGGAAUAUUGACCAUUGAAGGGUUAGCCUUUGAUCUUCGCCCUGUGAAUGUUGAACCGUCCGCAGCAGUAGUUGGAUUAAUGUCAUCCGUGUCAGGACGAGUGAUGUUUAGCUUAAGAGGACCAAGGUUGAAUACGACUCAACAAGAGCGUCACGGCAAAGUGUAUGCUACCGACAAACGACUUUCAAUACAAGUCGGGCCCCGUAUGCCUAAGUUGCAAGUGCUAUUCCACUCGCUACCGGAAUUUAUGUUCAGCGGUGAAAUCAGACCUGUCACGGUUGAACUUUCCAAUCUUUGCCCUAACGUACCCAUUUCCAACAUUAUUGUUGCUUCUAAUGAUCCUUUGCACGUCGCUUUCGACCUACCACGCAUCGAAAGCAUCAAUAUUCGCCACGAUCAAGUUGCGCUAUACCGUUGGGAUUCCUCUCAAAAGUCAACUAUAAUGUGGCUAAAAGGGACCGAAAACGUUGGAUUGACAUCAUUGGAUCUCAUGUUUUUCUCCACUAAUCCAGCCGUAAAAGCCAGAUACCGCCUCCUUCGCCAUUGUUCAAAAAUCUUCGUCUCCUCGUCCUUAAACCUCGCUGCAUGGGUUCAAAGAGUUCCUAGUCGGGACGAUCGCACAGAGACCUUAGCUGUGCAGCUGCAAGUCCGGAAUCUUAGAGAUGCGGAUGACACAUCUCUCAGUGGAAUUGAGAUUUCUCAGGUGGCUUUUCUUAGCAAUCGCUGGCUGUUACGUCCUCUGCAGUCAACAAUUCCGAGUGGUGUCCUUCAUCCUCAGGAAAGCCUCAUUGGUGUACUGUUGGCGAUUCGUGGAAAGGAAAAUAUAGAGUAUUGUGAAAGCGCUACACUAAAACUACCAAGCCAUGGACGAGCUGUCGAUUUUAAACAGGAACCUUACAGAGCAUUUGUCAGAGAAUUUCAGAGGACUACGCCAAAUACAACUUUGGUUGUCUGCUGGACGGCUACACAGGCUUCUGAAGAUGGAUUUGGUACUUUAAUCAUAGAAGGCCAACAUUACUUUGGAUGGAACUCACAUGAUAUAGCCAACUCAAGUUUACCAGACACCAACUUUAAGCUAUCACAGCAGUUAGUUACAUACUCAAUGGAAUAUUCAACAAAAGUGUUUCAUGAUUUCAACAAGCAAAGGUUGUGUGUAAUACCAGUCAUUCUUUAUCUUCACAAUUGCAGUCAGCAAGAAAUUGAUGUUCAUUAUUCAGCCAAUUUCAAUACAGGGUAAGCUUUACAGUUAAAUUAAGUUGGUUUAUUUGUUUCAGACUCAGACACGGAUGCUUAUUAUUCUCAGGAAAACUUCACGUGUUUCUCAAUUGUACAUGCCUGAAGCAGCUUCCCCAUUAUUGUGGAUAGGUCGUGUCCAAGGGAAUAUUUAUGUGAGAGAUGCACCUGAAGCAGUUAACUUGGCUAUAGCAGUUUCAAGACCUGGUGCCUAUAGUCUAGUUCAAGGGUUACAUAUAGAUGGAAGAAUAUUGGAUGAAAAUGUUAGAGUUCCAAGCCCAAAAAUUGAG